UUGCAUUAUUUCCAUAUAAACUUAUGUGAAAUGAAAUUUUUGAGACAAUUUAUGAAUUAACAAGGUAUUUAGUGAACAUAAUGGAUUCGAUAAAACUUGAGAUGGGGUCUGAGGAGCUGCAGGCGUGCCGCAUAUGUCUGGCCACUGAUGUUAAACUGUUCGGAAUAUAUGAUAACAGAUUAGAUGAGGUAUUCAUCGAUGUUAUGGGUACUACGUUGUCAGUAUGGGACGGGCUGCCGCAGCAUCUGUGCGGCUCCUGCGGUGUGCUGCUGCUGAAGAGCAGCGUGCUGCGCCGCCGCUGCCGUCGCGCCGAGCUGCUGCUGCGUCAGCACACGCACACGCAUCUGUGCGGCUCCUGCGGUGUGCUGCUGCUGAAGAGCAGCGUGCUGCGCCGCCGCUGCCGUCGCGCCGAGCUGCUGCUGCGUCAGCACACGCACACGAUCACAACAGACUUCAUCCGAACCAUAGACAGAGUAGCCAACAAGCUUUCCCUCCAUCUCUCCAUCACUAAAAUUAACUCCGACACAGACACUAAACCCGACAGCAUUGACACCAAACUCGACACAGAAACGAAACUCGACACAGACUUGAAACUCGACACAGAUUUGAAACUCGACGAUGAUAAACAGGACAGUGAUGAAAACGACUCCCAAUCGGUGUCAGUUUUUUGCGAACCCGAAAUAUUUGUAAGCGAUGUUAAAUAUUCACAAGUUAUAGCCACUGAUAUAGACAUAUCAAACCGUAUGACGUUACGGAAACGGGUUAAAACUGAAAAGAGGAAAAAAAAUAAAGUGAAAGUGAAGGAAGCACAGAAGAAAAUAAAUAAAGUGAAAGUGAAGGAAGCUAAAAAACAAAAGAAGGGUUUCAAAUGGUUUUUCAGCACGGAGGAGGAUUAUGUGAAAUUUGAGAAUAAGUAUAACAUUAGGGUGGUGAAGUUGAAUGAGGAGGAACAGAGACGGGAAAUGGAGGGGAGGAGAGAGUCGGAGAAUUAUAGGCACGCGCAUGUGCGGUGCGAGAAGUGCUGUAAAGGGUUCUUGUCUAUGAUUACGUUUGAGAAUCAUAACAAGAUCCAUGACCCGAGUACAGGCGCGAACGAGUGCCCGCUGUGUUUCUCGCGUUACAAGUUCCCGACGCACCUGCGCCAGCACGUGGUGGAGAGCCACGCGCAUAAAUAUGUGUGCAAGGUGUGCGACCAGGUCAUACGGCGGCGGAGCGCCGCGAUGCUGCACUCUGCUUUCCACGCGGGCAGGACGUUCCAGUGCAAAUACUGCGGACGGACCUUCAAGAAAUCUUCAACCCGCUACACACACAUGCGCAUCCAGCACCCCGGGGAGAACGCGUCCGGGGGCGCCUGCGACGUGUGCGGGGAGACCUUCACCGGAGCCCUGGGGCUGCAGCAGCACAAGACGAGGAAACACAACAAGCCCGCAGUGCCAGAGUUGAAGUGCAGUACCUGCCUGGUCCAGUUUGCGAGCUUGGACGCCGUUGCCAGACACACAGACACCACCCCCGACAACACCUGCGAUCCUAGUCUCAAGGCGUGCUCCGUGUGUGGAGAGACGUUUCCCGACGAGGCCGGGCUCGCCGCGCACGGCUCCGCCCACGCCGACACGCGCUACAAGUGUGAUGACUGUAACCAGCCAUUCGCAACCAAGUCCUCUCUCAGCACGCAUAUCGACCGCGUUCACCUGAAGAUCAAACCGCGGUACAAGCUCAUAUACAAGUACAGUGCGGCGAGACGAGCGCAGCUAGACGAAUACAUGUGCGAGACUUGCGGGAAGGGGUAUACGAGCUUCGCAAACCUGAAGACACACCAGCUGCGUCACACGGGGGAGCGGCCCUUCCCGUGCCCGCAGUGCCCUAAGAGUUUCCUCACCGCCGCACAAGCCAAAGGUCACAAGGAGCGAGUGCACGCGGGGAUAAAGAAGUACCAGUGCGCGCAGUGCCCCAAGACUUUCCUGGACAAGAGCUCCGUGUACAAACACAAAGUGGUACACACAGGUGAGAAACCCUACGAGUGCCAAAUCUGCAACAAAACCUUCACCCAAUCCGGUUCCUUGUCUACACACAUCAAGUACGUUCACAUGAAGGUCAAGCCGCCGCCCCGGCGCCGGCGCGGGCUCGCAGCCAGCGGAGUAUAG